AAUAGAGUGGGGGGAGCGUCCUCGAUGAAUUUGAAAACCACUAGACUCGGCAUGUGUAGAUAUUACCUAGUCAAUCACGUGCCAGAAUAUCAUCGUUAUGACCACUUAAAACAAAAGUCGACGGCCAGAAUCUUCUGCAUAACCGGAUAAACCGUCGACGCCACCGUACCACGAGCAACGCGUAUAGUUAUCAUUAUGGAUGAGCUAAAUAAGGACCAAUUGGCUUUGUUGAAGAAAGCCUUCGACGCUUUCGAUCAUGAAAAGAAGGGUAGCAUCGGUAGCAACAUGGUGGGCACGAUAUUGACCAUGUUGGGUCACGAAGUCAGUGAAAACACGCUACAUGAAAUCAUUAGCGAAAUAGACGAGGAUGGCUCCGGCGAACUGGAGUUCGAGGAGUUCUGCACGCUGGCUUCUAGAUUCUUGGUAGAGGAGGAUACGGAAGCGAUGCAACAAGAAUUACGCGAAGCAUUCCGAUUGUACGACAAGGAGGGCAAUGGCUAUAUAACUACCGCAGUGUUUCGCGAUAUUCUUCAUGAACUCGACGACAAACUGUCACCGGAAGAACUCGACCUGAUGAUUGAGGAGAUUGACGCUGAUGGAUCGGGGACGCUUGAUUUUGACGAGUUCAUGGAAGUCAUGACAGGAGGCGAUGAUUAAGCCAAGUAAUGAUGAUAAUGAAGAUGAGCUGCUCGCGAAGGGGAUUAUUCGCACAAUUGGCAACGCCCAUCGGAAAAAGAAAAAAAAAGGAUGUUCCUUCCUCACCAAGCAGCACAUACGCUUUUGCAAAGUAACAACAGAGUGGAAAAUUUUACGAUGAUCGGUGAUAUCGUUGAUUGACGGUCGGCGGUUUUCACCAUGCAAGAUGAAGACUAUGUUUCCAAACGAUUUCGAUCAACGUUAAAAGCAAGAUGAAAAUAAAAUCAUCUCGAUCAUAUCGGAACAGUCCUAUUGCGUUCAAAGUAGCGAAUAAAGUAGCGGUGCAAAUUUCUUCGUCACGGUAAAAUGGAUACGCGCGCAAAACUCCGAGUUUGCAAUUAUCUCUAAUCGCUGAUCGCGAGGUAAGCUAUAAUUUCCUACUGUACGAAUAUCACCGGGAUUUCAUUCCGACAGUCUACGCGUGAAAGUAUUGAGUUUCGGUAAUUAUUAUAUAAA